AUGGAGGGCCCGCAACCAGUGCUGGUCACAGCGCCACACAAUAUUUAUUUGAGAAGAGAUGGACAGCCACCCCACAUGAUGGAGGAAUACACGACGCUGAUUGCACAACGCCUUGCUCGGCAGCUGCGCGGGGCAUGCCUGUGCUGGAGUCGUGCUGAGCAGAAGAGGUCAGAGCUUUAUUGGUGUCUUGGACGAGCUCAAUCUGGGGAGGCUGGAGAUCUCAGUAGCUUUUUGAGCCCAAACCGAGAUCCGAAUUACUUGCGCAUCGAAGAGGUCGCCCAAAAUCCAUGGUUUCGGCAGAUGGCCAGGCUUGCAGACCAGUGGCGAUACACGAAGGAAGGCAGCAUUCGUCCAACCCUUCAUAUCGAUGUCCAUGGAUGUCGGGAUCCGCCAGCAACUCCAUCACACAUCACAGUGGGCUUGGCGGCGAUGCACCAAGAGGUGGUGGCAAAGCGAAGUCCACUGUCUCAGAGCCGGUUGGAAAACUUUGCGCAAACCCUGCAGGUGGAACUCACCUCUGUCCUGGGGAACCUCGACUUGCGGCCGCGGUGA